UAUGUAGUGUUUUUCGUCAGAGAUGACAGUGUUGGCCAUAUGAAAUCAGUCAGUAUGGACGAUCUACGCCUUGAUAGGAUGAAUGACUCUCGUUCAUCUUACGAAUUUCUGCAUCGGCCUAGGAUACAUGCCUCCGAAAAUCAAUACGAGUCAGGAUUUCCCGACACAAAAUAUGUACAGGGUCGAGAACACAGAGUCAUGAAAGACAGCAGAGGGGAUGAGACCUACAUAUACCAGCCUUCAAGUUGUAUAUAUCCAGUAUCUAGAACACGGGAUGGAUCAGCUUACAGCAGUUAUGUAGCAGGACCGUCCGUUUAUGACUAUAUUGAUACGGAAUCAAAGUUUGAAAUUCAACGGCCAAACAUUCGCCUUGGAAAUAUGAACAAAUAUUAACAACGUGCUUCUCCUGUCACUGCACCACAGUCUCACACAGAAUCCUUCCGAAGCAUAAAACGUUACCAAGCAAAAUAAUGAUAAACUAGGAGACUGUUCAUGAUAGGUACUGAAAUAUGAAAAAGCCGCCUCGGCACAUGCUUAAAUACCGGUGGACAUCUGUUAUAUAUCUGCUCUUCGAAAAUAGAAGUGUACAAUUUCUUAUAUCUUUUAUUUGUCUUGUUUUAAUAAAGAAUUAACUUCUU